CAAGUAAGCCUUUUGCCGUUCCAGUCUUGCUCGAGCGCUAGUCCUGACUACACGCAUCCGUCUGAGCCAGGCUGUGCUGAGCUGGCUUCCUCUGCUCCCUGACGAACUGCAUCGUAGCUCGUGAGGUCUUUGACAUCACAAGCCAUCUUUCCCUGAAUACUUGAAAGCUACGCCAGUUUGUUUCUUUCUGUGGAAUUUCUUACAGCUACCUUGUACCUGGAUAUCUUUCAUUCCAGUGUUGUUUCAUACCUUUGUGUGAGAUCUGCAGAAAUAAAGCUCUACUGAGCUAGUGCUGAAUUAUGUUAAGCUUGCUGUCGCGUAUAGUCAUUGGUGACUCAGAAGAAAGAAGUGCAAAGGAGGAGAGUCAUGCGUUUCUCAGUAGUCCUGGUUCGUCUGCGAGUGGAGAAACGGAUGAGGAGUAUGUCAGCGGAGAUCAAAUGCCCAUCAUAAACAUAGACAGGACUGAGUUGGCUCAGGAAGCCAUAAGUGCAGAUAAGGAUGACUUCUUGACCUCGUCAGAUCAGACUGACUCUAGUGAGGAUAACAAGGAUGACUCGGCUUUAGACGAGAAAGCUGAUGUACUUCCUCCUCUAAUAAUCCCCAGCAGAGAUGUCUGCCGACGCAUCCUAGAGCUGGUCGAGUACUACCUCAGUGAUGCAAAUUUGGUGAAGGAUAUGUUUCUCCUGAAGCAUGUCACCAAGCACCGCGAAGGGUUUGUUUCUCUGAAGCUAGUAACAAGCUACAAGAAGGUGAAGAGGUUGACAAAGGAUUGGAGAGCUGUCGCCCAUUCACUGAGGGCAUCAAAGACCUUGGAAAUGAAUAGUGAUGAGACAAAGGUGCGCCGUAAAGACCCCUUGGCUCCUGAGCUUGAAGAAGACACUCGUCCAUUCAGAACAAUGCUGGCUACUCACAUAAGUCCAGAUUGCUGUAAUAUGAACCAGCUUGCAGAAUUCUUUGGCAAGUUUGGAGACAUGAUCUCUUUACAGGUGCACAAACCUGGUGGACGAACACUCAACGAAGUGCGGCUGGCUGAACGAGAGCAUCCAGGGAUCGCACAGACCAUCUGUGCACUGGUUGAAUAUGAAAAGGUUCACAGUGCUCGUCAGUCCCUAAGGUACAUCAACAACAAUGCUAAUGAGUGCAAAAUGAAGAUUAUGGAAGUUCCACGCAAGAAGCCAGAAAAUCUACUUUGUGUGAAAGGAAAGGCUGAUCCAGAAAGUGCUUACUACAGCAAUUCUGAACUAUCAGAACCUCCUUCACCCGUGUAUCAUGGUCGCACCAUUCUGAAGAAGUUAAAGACCCCAUCAUCAUCAGUGGCAUCAUCUCCUUGUGUCUCACCCAUCACCAAAAGGAGAAAUGCCAAAGUCAUCUCAUCUCCUGAAUCAUCCCCACCCUCCCCUUAUCAUUCCAGAUAUGGACAUCCUUCGCCAUCCUCCUCCCCUGAUGACUACAAUUCUAGGAUCUUUAGCCCAGAGAGUUUCCAUUCCUACCGUCAUUACGAUACCCCUGGGUCACUGCCCCUCCCACGACGAAAACUGCCGCGUUCGACAAUGGAUUCCAAAACUGACUCCCCUCACAUAAGUGGCCGCUCCUCCCAGAACUCAAACUAUGACAGCAACCUGAUGCCUCUGAGCCCCUGGCUCAGGAGACGUGCUCUGGCCAAGCGCAAUGAGGGUGCUUCACCUUCUUCAACGCCAUCCUCCUCCCCAAGUCUUCGACGACGUAUGGAAUCACCGUCAUUCUUACCUGACAACGUGAUGCGUUUUCCCAAAGGGCCAGACGGCACCAAAGGCUUCACACUCAAGCGGUCAGUUUUCGCAGCAGCGAAGGCGUGAAGUUUUUGAUACGAUACCUAUGGCUACUCUCCAUUUCUGCUGACGAACCUUAUCUUGUUGACAUCAGCCCACUUCCAUUUAUGUGAAUUUAUGAGUUACUGUAUCAACCCCGUUCUCAUCUUGUAUAUUAAGCUCAUAAAAUAUCAUCUCAGAUCACCUUGCAAAAGUAGUCUUUUAAUUCCUUUGGUUACAGAAAACUCAUGUCUGGGUGACAGGGGAGCAUUUGAGCUAUACUCGAAAAGAUGUCAGUGAGUCAGUCACUCUCCCCGUUAAUUCAGAUAGAGAAAGAUGCAUUGAGGUGUGUGAGUUCAGAUCUGUCACCAGGGGUCCAUUGUAAAAGAAGAUAUUUACUCAUUAUAUUUUAAAGCUUGUUUACUUUAUUUAUUGAUAUAUAUGCAUAAAAAACCAAAGUUAUGCCCAAUGCCGGUGAACAAGUGAGUCAGUAGCAGUCCGUUUAACCCUUUUGCUACUGAAUAAACAGAAGCAGAGUUUAUAAAUAAAUGUCAGCGUGCAAAUAGUCAACUGAAGAAAAGGACAGUUUGAUUUAUAAAAAGAGGCGCGAAAGAGAGAGAGAGAGAGAGAGAGAGAGAGAGAGAGAGAAGAGAGAUAUGAUCGAGUUGCUGACACGGCUGAAAGUUGUCUUUUCAUUAUAAACUUGUCUUAUUUGAUGACCUUUCAAUUCUAAAAACUGGCCCCACCAGUAAGUAUCAUUCAAGUACUUUAAUUCAAGAUGAUGAUAUAUAUGUCAUGUUAUUCUUGUUCCUGUUAUUUUUACUUAAAAAUUGAAGUUUUUGUGCGCUUGCACUUGUGUGUUGGUAUGAACAUGCUUGUGUGUGCAUGUACUACAUUGAAAGUGUAAAUCUCAGGAUGAUACGUUAUGCUUGUUCUUUUUAUUUUUACUUCAAAAUUAUUAAAGCUUUGUGCGUGUGUCUGUGUAUGAACCACUACGUAUGUAUGCAUACAUGAUGUAUUUACAUUUCAAUUCUUCAAAAACUGUUUGAAAUAGACAUUAUAUUAUUUUGGAUCAGCUUCUUCAUUUCUGUGAACUCUUUCCCAUAGCCAUUGUUGGGAACGCACAUUUGCUGAAAAUACCAAUAGGUGUCUCUGCUAUAGUAAUGGAUAUACUAUAUAUACAUAUAACUGUCAUAUGACCUCUCUACUUUGUUAAUAAAGACAAAGACCUGC